AUGAACACAAAGAGGUACAACAUUACUUCUGUUCGGAUCUACACUGAGAAAAAAGCUUAUGCCACAGGGGAAGAUAUUACAUUUCUGGCAAUUACUGAAGAGCCUGAUCCACUUGAGUUUCACUGGCGUUUAGGGGACCAAACAGCAAUUAGAACUCCAUCCAGGACAUUCAUAAAAAAAUACCUCCAACCAAACAGAUACCACAUUACAGUCAGUGUGUCCGGCAGGCAUGAAUCUGUUAGCUCUGAUGUUUAUACUGUAGUGAUUCAAAGAGCUGUCCAUCUGAACAGAUUGUUGUACACGCGUUCAGUGUUGCUGAACACAUCAGUGCCUUUUAGCUGUAGGGUCAAUGCAGGAACAGGCAUUACUUAUCUCUGGGAUUUUGGAGACGGAACACAAAGAGUUGGACAGAACACUGAGCAUCAUGUGUAUAACAGGACAGGGGAAUUUGUAGUAGAGGUGACCGUCUCCAACCUAGUGAGCUCAGGCUCUUUAAAAGGACAUGUGUUUGUCGUUCUUGAGCCAUGCCAACCUCCACCUGUAAAGAACAUGGGACCCAGCAAGAUCCAGAUAUGGCGUUACCAGCCUGUAACACUUGGUGUGACGUAUGAAGGACAGAUCCAGUGCAACAUCUCCAAAGGUCUCCAGUACAGCUGGACUCUAUAUGGACUGACUAGACUACCGCUCUUAUUUAGAAGCAUCAAAACAAAUCAACAACAUCUGGAGCUUCCAGAGUACUUCCUUCAUUAUGGCGAAUAUAAAGUUGUAGCUAAGGUUCAGGUCAUAGGCAGCAUUGUUUACAGCAACUACACUGUUCUGCUCGAGGUGUUGCCCAGUGCACCUGUGAGCAUUAUCACUGGAGGAACAAAUGUGAUUAUCAACCGUCACAACAACUUUAGCAUCACUGUGGAUGGACGUAGGUCAUAUGACCCUGAUUUUCCUGAUAACAUUAUGAGUUACAGUUGGAAAUGCAGGCCAGUUAACAUGGAUGAGACCUCCUGUUUCUCCAAGCAUGUUCCUGCUUCCUCUCCAUUGCUGAUGUUUCCUGCAAGUGCACUGAAUUCUAUCUGUGAUCUGUUCAAGUUAACACUUACUGUACAGAGUGGAGAUCGAUCAACUUCAUCCGAGAUGUUCAUUACUGUGAGAUCCAAACCAACCAGCAUCAUUUAUGUAUAUUGCGAAGAGUGCAGAGGAAAUUCUGUCAACUGGAAUGAGAGGAUCUCUGUCACAGCUGCCUGUGAAAGCUGUGCUAUAGACGUCACCUACUCCUGGAAGCUUUAUUUAGUAAAUUCAUCUAGCAAAAGUAUACCAGUUGUACCUUUUUGCAGCAGUUUGGACAUAAGCUUACCUUCUAAACUGGAGGACACACUUUUCUUUCAGCAGCCUGUCACUUUUGCUUCUCCAUCCAUCCCAAAUCAGAAUAAUUCAUCCAGUGGCAGUGGAAUCAGUACACAAUCACUGGAACACCACAAUCCAUCCGUAUUAGACUUGUUGUAUGAGACAUCAGGAUCAUCAGCUGAAAUGGGGUCAGGUGACGUGAAUGAGGUGGAUUUUGACCUGUUUCACCUUCCUGCUGCUACUAAAGAUAAAAAACCCCAAGCAAAGGAUUUUGCAGCUGAAUCUUCUGAUGAGCACAGAUAUCUAGAUUAUGAGGAACUUUAUUCUGGAAUUGAGGAAGCAGAUUCAGGAAUUUCUGUAGGCCGACCGACUGGACCCCAUGAUUUGGAUGAUGUGAUUUCUUAUUCAAGCAAAUAUGACGGUGAUAACCUGGUAGGUCCUGGCAGCCCUGGCCAUGUGAUGACUGAGAAAACCCUGCUGGAUCUUCAGCGAGAGCUUAUCCAGCCUGCACUCUUUGAGUCUUUCACCUCCACAGCUGAAAUGGGGUCAGGUGACGUGAAUGAGGUGGAUUUUGACCUGUUUCACCUUCCUGCUGCUACUAAAGAUAAAAAACCCCAAGCAAAGGAUUUUGCAGCUGAAUCUCCUGAUGAGCACAGAUAUCUAGAUUAUGAGGAACUUUAUUCUGGAAUUGAGGAAGCAGAUUCAGGAAUUUCUGUAGGCCGACCGACUGGACCCCAUGAUUUGGAUGAUGUGAUUUCUUAUUCAAGCAAAUAUGACGGUGAUAACCUGGUAGGUCCUGGCAGCCCUGGCCAUGUGGUGACUGAGAAAACCCUGCUGGAUCUUCACCGAGAGCUUAUCCAGCCUGCACUCUUUGAGUCUUUCACCUCCACAGGAAUAUCUUCGCCUGUUAUCACAUUUAAACCCAUGAUGUUAAAGCCAAAAAGCCUUUACCUGCUGGAGGUCUCUGCAAGUUCUGAGCAGGUUCUCCAGGGAAAAACACAAUUUUUCUUCUCCACACACCCUGCUCCUGAGGGAAUAGUGUGCCAUGUGCAGCCCAGCUCAGGUUUUGAGCUCUACACACACUUCAGUGUCUUCUGUACAUCAGGAAAAGAGGAUCUCUUGUACGCAUACAGCUUCAGUGUGGGGAACUCAAGAGAAAAACUCCUGUAUAAGGGCAGAGACUACCAGCACUAUUUUUAUCUUGCGUCUGGAGAUCCAUAUGAUGAUUACAAAGUCACCAUCUACAUUAAAAUUAGUAACAGAUUCGGAGCAUCUACCAAGCCAUGUCCGGUGAAUGUCAAAGUUUGGCCGAACUUCAAUCCAGUACAGGAAAUGUUUACAUAUAGUCUGAGUAAUCUUACCAACCUACUACAGAUGAAGAACACCCAAGAAAUUAUUAAUUACAUCUUUGUCAUGACUGCAACGUUAAACCGCUUGAGUUUGGACCAAGAAUCUCUUGUGAAACUGACACAAACACGAGCCGCUCUCAUUUCAGUAAUUUGUCAGCUAAACGCCACAAGCCAGGAACUGUUGUUUGAUAUCCUUCACACUCUUGCAGAGCUUUUGAAAGUUUCCAGUCAAGUGAUGCUUGACAGUGCAGUACUGGUGACAAAGUACUUUCAAAAUCUAACCUCUCUUGAUGAGCCCAAUUUAUUGGAUAUGCGUGUGUUGAACGAUUUUAUAAGGAUACUCUCGUACAUUCUGGAACCUCAGAUUCCUUCUUCUAGAUUAACACUUGAUGUUCUUCACAUAACUACAGACUCAGUGUUGAUGUAUUUGUUGUCCAGCAGAGAGCAUCAGUUCAGUGUGAACACCACAUUCAUAAAACUGACGGCGUGGCAGAGUUGUGAUUUUCAAAUCACUGUAAAAAAAGUUGAUUUGACCACAUUUUAUCUUCCUCAUUUGCCAAUAAUGGAACAUAAAGGCAGAAACUCUGAUGAAAAAUCCUGCUUAAUUACACAAAUCAUAAGCUAUAGGCAGAAUCCGUAUCACUGGGCUAGGACUCCACAACAGGUGAAUGGACAUGUUGCUGAUGUGAAACUUUUCAACUGCAGCACCAGAAGAGAAAUCAAAAUGAGGCACUUGUCCACUCCCCUCAUCAUUGAGUUCCCAAAGAAAGAAGAGACAAAUAGCACAGGUAUAGAGUUCACACUCUCACGCAGUAAAGUGAAUACUCACCAGUUCAACAUCACGGCCGAGCUCCUGAAAAAGGCUGUGCAGAUUAGGGUGGAGUUCAGAAGGCCAUCGAGACGUACUUUCCCCAUCUUGGUGCUCUUCAGAAUAAAGCAAAGACCAACACCCACUUUUUACAAUGUACGGAAAGUCUAUCAUUGGAAAGGACAAGCGGUUCAGAUAUUUCUCCCUCCUUCAUCUCUGAAAGAUGCAGGGAUGGCAUAUCUGAUGUUGCUUAAUGCUGACUAUGAUAAAAGUGCUAAAAAUAAAUACAUAGCAGAUAAAGUGGACUACACACUGAGUAUUGAUUCAAGUCAGUGUUUAGUUUGGGAUGGUGUGAAAGAUUGGAGAUCUGAUGAGUGUUCUGUGCUCAAGAGUUUUACAUCAAACAAAGUCAAUUGCAGUUACAAACAGCUGUCAUCAUUCACUGUUGCACAUCAGAUGAUCCAAAGCAUCCCCAGUGUUUCAGACAUCACUGAGUACAUAAGCAAUCGUGCCAACCCAAUGGUGUGUAUCGUAUUAGUGGUGUUGGUGUCUCUCUACGCUGUGCUGUUGGUGUUUUGUAACCAUGCUGAUGCUCAGUUGGAAAAGAAUUCAGGGACCUUCCUCCUGCCAGACAACAAUCCUUCAGACCACUUCCUCUAUGCUGUUACUAUCGACACGGACAUCAGAUCAAGGGCCAGAAUGACUGCAAAGGUUUAUAUAGUCCUGUAUGGUGAGAAUGGAGUAUCUCAGACAAGAGAGCUCAGCAAUCCAGACCAUACACUCUUCACCUGCAAUUCAAGGGCAACGUUUAUUCUAAGCUCAGCUCGGAGUCUGGGCCAGAUAUGGCAAGUGCAUGUGUGGCACGAUGGUGGAGGUAUGUCUCCCAGUUGGUUCCUGAAUCAUAUAAUAGUGAAGGAUAUAGUAGAUGGAUCAAGUUGGACUUUUCUGGCACAGUGCUGGUUGGCACUGGAAGAAGGAGAUGGACAAGUGGAGCGAAAGCUGCUCGCUUUACACCGACAGCUUACAUUCACAAAGUUGCUGUAUCUGAAUUUUACUGAAUGCUUAGAGGACUUUCACCCAUGGCUGUCCGUAUACACUCGUCCAUCAUACAGUACACAUACACAUGCUCAGCGCUUGAGUGUAUGUUUCCUGCUGCUGCAGGCUUACAUGUGUGCAAACUGCAUACUCAUAUAUUUUCAAGAAGACCAGUAUUGGUUGGAGUUAGGCCUGAUUGGUGUUUCACUGCACUCAGUUUGGACGGGACUGUGUGCACUUACUCUAUUGCCAUUAGCCUCUUUUGUGUCUUUUCUCUUUCACAUCAGCAAGUCCAACAAAAACGGCAGCCAUUCAGGGUAUCAGUAUAAAGUCAGAAUGCCUUAUAUCUUCUCUGUAAAUGAUGACUGGGAUACAUUACAGUGCAGGGAUAAUCUUUCUGAGCUGAACGUUUCAUGGAACAGAGUUUCACCAGGGGGGAUAAAAUGUCAGGAUUUGAAAGCAUGUCAUUUGGAGUCCAUAGCCUGCAGCAAACAGAGAGAAAGCUUAGUACUGCAGAAACCAAGCGACUCGAUUUCUUGUAUUGAAAUUAUUGAAGAAAAUAUUCCUGAUGACAAUGACAAAUCACAGAGUGAACAAUUUAAAAAAACACGAGCCAACUUUCAAGCUAUAAAGAACGGUGUUUCUAGAAGAAGCAGAACCAUGCAAGCUGUAUGUUACUAUGGGACAUGGACUCUGUGGCUGUGUUUGUCCAUCACUUGUGUAAGCAUUGCUGGAAUUCUGGGGCUGAAAUUCAGCUCUACAAAGUGUCUCCUGUGGAUUCACUCUGUAUGUUUCUCUCUGCUCUUCUGUGCUUUUGUAGCACACCCAGCAAUGAUAUUUAUUGUUGCAAUGUUUCUAACUGUGCGACAUGGAGAUCAAGGCUAUUUCUGCCAAACCUCAGCUAUUGAUGAGCCUGUCAUAGAGCUGCUAAGAAAUAAUGGACAAAAUGGAGCCUGCGUAAAGAAGCAGUCCUUAUAUAACUCAUCUCAUCAUACUGAGGAGUUCAGUGUGGAUUUUGAAAAGGUGCUGGCAACCCGUCAGAGAGCCAGAUACCUGCGUCUUGCACGUCCACCUACUUCUGCUGAGCUACAAACCGUGAGGAGCCAAAUUAAAAAGAGGACACAUCUACAUAAAACAAUAAGAGAGAUGUUGUUAUAUCUGUUUGCCUCAUCUGUAGUUGGCUUUUUGGCUUAUGGAAAGUCCUCUAAUAAUAAAUUCCAUCUGGAUCAGGCGGUCAGAUCUCGCUUUGCUGGGAGUCCUUCAGUCCAGAAGCUUGAUGACUGGUGGAACUGGACCACAAACACAGUUCUCCAUGAGCUUUACCUUAAUUCCCAUGAUUAUAGUGGACUGGAAGACAAUGUAAAAAAUCUCUCUUUAAUUGGAGAGCCAGUCAUUAUGAAGAUGGAAGGAACACCCAAUACAUUAUGUCAGGUAAAUCUCUAACACUUUUUUAAGUUUACAUCUGUUUUAAGCAAACCUCACCGAUGUGGGAAACUCAGCUGUUAUGCGGAAGCAGAAUUUAAUAUUCCAUUAGGAAAAAACAGGUCUGAAGCAUCCAGCAAGCUUAAGAAACUGUGGACUUCAGGCUGGACGGGCCGUACCACCCGUGCUGUAAUGCUGCAGUUCACUUUAUACAGCCCUGUUUAUAACCUCUUUACCACGGUCACCAUACUUGGAGAAAUGUCUUGCACUGGAGGUGUUCUCUCCUCAGUCUUCAUUUCCUCUAUCAGACUUUAUCACUCCGUCUCUGCCCUUGAUUACUGGACUACAACUGGAGAGCUUUUUCUGCUCUUCCUUACUUUGCUUCAACUCCACUUUAAAAUAUAUGUGAUUGUUCAGAAGGGACAACGAUACUGGACAGACUUGUGGAACUGGAUAGAAGUUAUCAUAGUCCUGCUCAGCCUCCUGUGCUUCAUCUGUUCCGUGCAUCACUUUACACUGAUAGCGGACACAGUGGAACAUCUGCAAAGAGACGAUUUCAAGACAUUUGUUGACUUAAGUCCUGCUGCCUUUUGUGAACAGCGCAUUCGUUUCCUCUACGGGCUCCUUAUGUUCAUUCUUCUGAUUAAAAGUUGCUCCUUGCUACGACUAAAUGAAGCGAUGACCACAGCAUUAUCUACAGUGUUAGUCCUCUUCUCCAGUCUGCUGUGGCCUCUGAUAAUUGGCAUGAUUUUUGUUUUUGCUUUCUCCUCCCUGGGGAACCUGGUCAUUUUACCAAAAUCAGUUUAUUUUGUUACCAUACAUGGGUUCGGCAUCGGAAAACCUGGUGAUUUGCACAAAAAUCAAGCUUCUUGGAUGCUUUGCUGUUACGGAGCCUUCAUCUGCAUUGUGUCUUUUGCAGUCAAAGCAAUGGUAACACUUUCUGUACUUUGUUCAGUCAUGAAAAGUGCAAAACAUAAAAGGAGAAAACAUCUUCCGACGGUCUCUGAUCUCUGCACUUAUAUAUGGGAUGUGGCUCUGUCACUUGUUGGCAAAGACAGGCAGAAAUGGACUGUUCAUACCAACAUAAACAAUUUUGUUCUGGAAGAAUUUGAGGAUCUUGUCGAUGAGCUCCUGCUUAAGCUCAAUGUCAUUUCUAGUAGUGAUGAAAACCAGGACAACUAUGAGCACCAGAUUCCACUCCAUUCAGCAUAUGAUUUCUGCUCAGAGAUUGGUGGUGAAAACAGAAUGAAAGAAAUGGAAAUCAUGCCAAGUAUGUGUUGUGAUUUUUUAUACCCAGAUGAGGAAACCAAUUUCAGGUCACUGCUUGAAUUCGGCCCCCAGGAGCACUUUAAAGAAAGUGGAGAAACAAUCAGAGUCUCUGCAGUUUACGCAGAUCGAAAGGCUCGACUGAGAACCUCCAUAUCCCAUGUAAAGACGUUAAAGGACUCUGGAACAUCUCUAUGCAUAGAUCGAACCAUCAGGGCUCAUAUUGAAGGCAGUGAGAUGCUAAAGUCAAACAGAUUGCAAUCAUUUAAGAUAACAAGGGAGAGCAAUAACUUUGAAUAUAGAAUACAGAAUAAAGCUUUUACAUCACAACUCUCUAUGGGGUUCAGCUCUCCAACUGAGAUGCUCACGAACCACCCAUCUUGCAAAAAAUCAUUCAGUCAUAAACUUGGUUUAUAUGAAUCACAUAUUGAAAAACAAGACAAAUGGGCUGAAGGGGAAGAUGUAAAUAUUCCAGGUCAGUGUUGUUGAGGAUUUUUAUAGGUUUUCGAAUCAUGUCAGCUAGGACUUGAGU